AUGUCUCCACUCCCAGCGAUCCCCGUGAGCCACAAUGCUUUCUUCAGCUAUGUUCGCGCUCAGCCCAAUACCCCCAUGGUCGACCUCGUCAGACCCUACAUCGAGUUCGAUGCAGUGAUGCGCAAGAAGUUUGCCCAGGAGCCAUCAAGCUCCACAGUUCAGGAGAACCUUGUCAACGUGACCCCGAUUUACGAUGAAAAUGGCUGCAACGACCUUCGCAUUCGGGCUCGUGACCUGGAAGCUGAAACGCUAGAGCAGAAAGAGAGAUAUCUUCUCCCAUUGAGCGAAAAAGAUCGCAAGCCCAAUGGAUCGCCUGCCAUUGUCCCGACCUUGAAAGAGUUCCGAAACAACUUCGCUCUGUUCACAGAAGGUUGUCUCAGUGAGAUUGACUGGUCGAAUGUGGUGGCCGCCGGCAGUGCUGUGGUGACUUCUUUGCUACCAGUUCCAGAACAGUAUCGUCAUUCGAAGCGUGGCUUACGCAAAUACUACCACGAGAUAUUUGCCCCUGCUUCUGACAUUGACCUUUUCUUGUAUGGCCUCAACGAGGAAGAGGCCAUUGAGAAAAUCAAGCACAUCGAAGACAGUAUCAAGAACACGAUUCUCUACGAGACCACCACAGUUCGCACAAGAAAUACUAUCACAAUUGCCUCGCAGUACCCCAACCGUCACGUCCAGAUUGUGCUUCGAAUCUACCGCUCCGUGUCUGAAAUUCUUACCGGUUUCGAUGUGGAUGUGUCCUGCGCUGCAUUUGACGGCCGUCAAGUCUAUGCUUCACCCCGCGCAAUCGCUGCGUAUAUGACACAAAUCAAUCACAUUGACUUGACGCGCCGCUCACCGUCUUACGAAAACCGGCUGUCUAAAUAUUCUCAUCGCGGUUUUGAAGUCUUCUGGCCUGGUCUGGAUCGAUCCAGAAUUGACCCGACUAUCUUCGAACGAACAUUCAAUCGAACCGUCGGUCUUGCACGACUGCUUGUUCUUGAGAAACUCCCGAAGUCCGAUGACAGAGAUUUAUAUCUUAGAAAACGCCGAGAAGAGCGCGGUCGCCCUGCUCUCAGUGAUUAUAUGCGAAGAAGACAAGGAAGGGAGCUACGUGGAAACAUCAAAGACGAUUGGGAGGAUGAGGUUCCAGAAUGGCAGGAACAAGAUCAAGUUUCUGACUACAACACCUUCACAAUCCCCUAUGGCAGGAACUUCAAUGCCAAGAAGAUCGAGAAAUUGUUGUAUACCAAAGAUCUGCUUCUCAACGCCCAAUGGAACCAACCCAAGGACCGCGAGGUGUAUCUUCAUCGACACCCCGCAUUCUUUGGUGAAGCCGAGCAUGUCAUUCAUGAUUGCUGUGGCUUUUGCCCCCAGCCUGUCACCGAGGAAGAGAAGAAGACUGCCGAUGAGGAGAGCAAAAUUUAUGUUUCUGGUGACAUCUCAUUCAUUAAGGAUGAUCCUGGUCGCCAGGAAAUUGGAAGCUUCAACCCAAUCACUGAAACCGACUGGACCGAAAUGGCUUAUGUUGGCCACACCGAGCGACUUUGUCAAGCCAUCGUCGCAGAUGACCUGAAGGCCGUGCAAGCGUGUCUUGACGAAGAAGAAUCUAACCCAGAUCGUCGUGACUACACCGGACGCACUCCGUUGCAGCUAGCUUGCAUGUCCUCGACCCCCGAGAUCGUUCAAACUUUGGUCGACCGCGGCGCUCGGAUGAUUCCUCGCAUGGCCGAUGGCAAAACAGCACUUCAUAUUGCUGCCUCCCGUGGGAAUGUUGAGAUUGUCCGAAUCCUGCUCAUCAAGAGCAAUCAGAACGAAGAAGAAGAGUUCAAGAAGCAAGAACAGCUGAAGGAAGCCACAGCGGACAAAGAAAUGGUCACAGUUGAAUCUCCAGCAGACCAUCCGAUGGACGACGCAAGCGAUCAUGAUGGAGAUGUGUCCCAUACAUCCGCAUCUUAUGUCAAGGUUGAACAAGAGGAUCCUCUCGUCACCUACGACACAAUCGAAGAGAAUGAUCUUGAGCCUGAUGUUUAUGACGUCAAUGUGGUUGCAUGGGACAGUCGCGCUUCACCAUUGCACCUGGCCAUGCUGAAUGGUCAUACCGAUGUUGUCAGAGAGCUUGUCUCUUCCUUCGGAGCUGACGUGCUCAUGCCUGUUAAGAUUCUGAAUGACUACAACAGAAAGCCCCAGGCCGCAAUUCUCAACUUGGUGCUGGCGUUUGCUCUUACUCCGAGAAAGAGGACUGAGAUGUUCCGUGCUCUUUUAGAGCUUGGCGCAUCGCCAGCACAGGCUGAUUUGAACCAAAAAACCCCCGUGUUCUACAGUGUCCAAUGCAGGAGGGAAGAAAUGCUUGAUCUAUGCUUCGACCACGAUAUGCCAGCUGUGAAACGAGCAAUCAACCAUUUGGCCAUUUCUGGGUCAUCUUAUUCCCCUCAAUACACUACCGUGUUGUUGAAGGCACUGGAGAACAAGAUGCCUGAAAUGGCGUUCAAGCUGCUCGAAGCGGGCGCAAAGCCUUCUAUUGAGCUCAGUGAGCUGCUCAAAGCCGUCAAAAAGACCUUCCCAAAAGAUAUAUGGUAUAGCAAUCUCGAAGAACGCCUCGGCGAAAGUUUCCAGCACCCAAUCCUUCUCGCUGUUUCAAACGAGCUUCCAUCAGUCGCUAUCGAGCUACUCAAUCGGGGUGUUGACCCAAAUUCUGAGACUAAGUCUCGCUGGAACCAUGAUGGAACAACUGUCCUCGAUGCUACUCGAACUAAGGUGUCGGCACUUCAGGAAUAUUUGGACGCACCCGAAAAGACCUGGCACCCUUCUCGUGCCUAUGGCCAGAAAGUGCCUGAGAUAUUUGAGGAUGAUGACUACUACCUUGCUCAUCUCCCCGCAGACAGUUUCCAAAGGCUUGUUGCAACGAAACUUUUGAAAGACGCCCGAAAGGAAAGCAGCGACGCCGAGGCAAUCAUGAACAAGCAGAAAAACGAUUGGUCUACACCCCGAGGGAGCGACUCCAAAAGGAAAGCUAUUGCCAAUCUGAUGCGUGACUACCAAUCUUUGGAAAAGAAACUCUUGGCAAAAGACGCGAAGACAUGGCGUGAGCUCCAUCCAAAUGAGCCACACAAGGAGAACAACACUCGACCUGAUGUCAAGUAUCCGAAGGUUGUGCAAAAGACUUUCCAAGUCAAAUACCACUUCAGCGAACCAGGUCUCAAUGAAGUUCGUCGCAGUGGAUACAUCAGACUAUUCGAAGCGGCUUGGAUUGGUGACCUUGAAACGAUCAAAGAGUUGACACUCAACAUGUGGGGACCUGCCGCGGAUCAAGCACCCCUUGAGCUGGCUGUGACCGGUAAUCUCUCCCUCUCGUGCCUUUCGAUCUCCAUCCUGCGUGGCCAUCUUGAUCUUGCCAAAUCAAUUUUGCAGAUCAUCGGCCAGCAAUACAAGCCAAAGGAGUCAAAAGUCCAAACUCGAUUCGAGCUCGGCACUGACGAGUCUGACGAUGACGGCGACAAUCUGAACAUCGUCGGUGACACAGUUGAAGAUACCUUUACCCACGAGGACGUGGGUGAAGUCACAACUCAAGUCGAGAGUGAAGUAACGCCCCUCAAAGCACUGAAAUGUGGCAUCGAUGCUUCCCCAUUCUUGGAAGAGUACAAGUCGAAGAGGCCCAGGGAAUCGCAUUCUGAUGAAGGACGAGGCUCGAUCGCUAUCAACUCCCUGGUUAGAUACGCGAUAUAUACCAACGACUUAGCUUUGAUGAACUGGCUCCUGGAAACCGGAAAAGAGCUUGAAAGCGAGGAUCCAUCUCAAAACACGUACUGGCAGAGUGAUGACGACCUCAAGCUGGCUAUCUCGCUCGGACGCACCGAGUUCAUCGUGAAGCUCAUUCAAUGCAGUGGAGUUGGUCUUCCACUAGCCCAAUUGAGCGCAGACUGUGGGGUUGAAGCUCCCAAGGAGCCUCGGUACUACCAAGGCCUUUCUAUCCGUGGCGCCAAACGUUCCGACUGGGCGAAUGCUGGUCAAAGCGAAACUUUCAAGCCUUCCGGCUCUUCCACUCCUCUUUUGAUCUCUGCUUUCCGGGGAAAUCUUGCCAGCACUGAGUUCUUCCUGGGAACAGCUCCUGGUCGAUACUAUCUUGAAUAUGUGAACUCUCACCCGGAGAGAGAAGAGAUCAAAAGGAUUUCUCAGUCCAAGCUUGGCCUCGAGGGCUCUGUUCUGAACUGGCUGCAAACAAGAAACAACCUCGUUCUUCAUUGCGCUAUCAUGUCUAGCCCAUGCGACGAAUCAGAACGCCUUGUUCAAUAUCUCGUUGAUCAUCAUCCUGAGUGCCUUGAGGUCCAGUCUGAAAGUGGAAAGACUCCUCUCGCACUGGCAUUUUCCCUUCGCCACAUCAGCUUUGCUCGCAUAUUGAUUGCAGCCGGCGCCAACCAAGCAACGCGGGACAGUGAAGCAAACAACCUCCUCCACAUGGCCAUCUCCACCCGUAAUCGCGGCGUCUGCGCCAGGCCCGAAGUGUUCAACGAGCUUGUCGGCCUUUUGGAUGCUUCAUUGAUACCUACAAUGCUAUCCCAGCGCGCCGGAGAGGAUGCAAGAACGCCCUUCACACACUGGCUUCGCUGGCUCGAUCAAUUGCCUUCACAUGGUAUGCCAAAUGGUCCGGGAGAAAAGCCAAUGUCCAAGGAUGAAAUUGCGGCUGUCAUUACCAACGCGAUUUUGAACCUGGCAGCUUCAACCAACCAAAAGCAUCUGGAGAUCUUCGACGGCGCAGGAAACACUCCAGCGCAUUGCGCUGUCAAGAACAACUACUCCAAGAUUCUUACGAUCCUGCUUGGUCGUCGCCCCGAUCUUCUGUAUCGCGAGAACUCCACCGGAACUACUCCGCUUGAAAUGGCCGUGGCUGCCUGGGUCAAUGACACGACAUCCGGAAUUCCCAAGGCUUAUAACCCGCCGAGCACCACAGAUAUUCUGGACCGUAGUCCUCGAUACUUUACAGAGGACUAUAGGGACAGAAAGGCUCCCACGGAAGUUCAAACCAUGCUGCGAGUUUGUCGGGAAAGCGCCGCGCAGAAUCCGGGAAAGAGACGACUGGUCAGCCUCUUCGAAGCAAACGAGGUUGCAAAGAGGUUGGCGAGCACGCAACGAAGCUCGGAGAACAACAGAGGCAGAUGUUACCGCCGCCGAUACCGGUAUGAUGAUAGUGUCAACGGUGAUGAAGUGGAGCAGUGGAGCUGA